UUCCUUUCUUAUUAGAACCUGCUUGCCAAGAUGCCAGCCAAGGGACCUUUGCAAGCUGUGCAAGUGUUUGGGCGCAAAAAAACUGCCACAGCAGUUGCCCACUGCAAACGAGGCAACGGUCUCAUCAAGGUGAAUGGCCGUCCUCUUGAACAGAUGGAGCCAGAGAUUCUGAGAAUCAAGCUCCAAGAGCCAGUCCUCCUGUUGGGAAAGGAGAGAUUUGCCGGUGUUGACAUCAGAGUCAGGGUGAAGGGAGGCGGUCACGUGGCACAGAUUUAUGCUAUCAGACAAGCUAUUUCCAAGGCUAUCGUAUCCUACUACCAGAAAUACGUGGAUGAGGCGUCCAAGAAGGAGAUCAAGGACAUCCUGAUCCAGUACGACAGAUCGCUGCUGGUUGCUGACCCGAGGCGCUGCGAGCCCAAGAAGUUUGGAGGUCCCGGAGCCCGCGCUCGUUACCAGAAAUCUUACCGUUAAGAUUAUUGUCUGGAUGUUUCUCGUCGAUUAAAGUUCCCGCUGGGAGUAACAAA